AUGGACAACCAGUGGACUUCGCAGCCGCUGUCGCCGGAAAAGUCGUGCGAGCUCUACAUCCGCGACCACCCGUCGCGCGCCAUCGCCAUCGUCUCGUCGACGCACGCCCUCGUGCUGCGGUACAGCGGCUCGGCCGGCGACGUCGCCCCCAAUGGCUCCUACACAUCACUGCCGGCCACCAACAAGGCCGCCGCCGCCAAGUGCAUGGUCGAGUUUGCGCCCCUCACCCCGACGCUGCUGAGGGACUAUCGCCCGCUCACCCACCGGCCCAUCUACGGCACCCUCGGCCUGAUGACCGCCAACAACGAGGUCUUCCUGUCCGUCAUCACCCACGCGACGCGCACGGCGACCGUGCGGCCGGGCGAGACGGUCGAGAAGAUUGUCAGCGUGGCCUUUUACUGCCUAAGCACCGACGAGUACGAUGAUGUGGUGCCUCUCGAAUCAUACGAAACCGAACCAUCCGAUGCUUCCUCGGCAUAUAGCUCUCAGACCUAUGGUCAGAGCCUCAGCCACCGCGAUGUGGUCCUCGAACAUCCUUGUCAUGAGCUGCGCAAGAUUUUGAGUAAUGGCUCGUUCUACUAUAGCACCGAUUUCGACGUGACGAAUCGACUUCAAGAGCGCCCGAUCAACGCGGACUCGUUCCAUAUUGACAGCUUCAACGACAUGUAUCUGUGGAACUCGUUCAUGAUUAGUCCCUUGGUUCAGUUUCGUUCGCGGCUGCUGCCGCAUGAACGGGAAGCGCUGGACGAGUCCCGUAUCCUAACGUCUGCCAUUCGUGGAUUUUGCAAGACCAUGACAAUCCCUCAGAGCGCCUCGCCGCUGAAAGGCAACAGCGGUCGGGCGUCGUAUUUAACACUCAUCUCUCGAUUAUCCUGUCGCCGAGCUGGUACUCGCUUCAAUUCUCGUGGUAUCGAUGAUGACGGGCACGUGGCCAACUUUGUCGAGUCGGAAACCAUCUUCUGGAGUGCCACGGGCACCGUCUUCUCCUACGUCCAGAUCCGCGGCUCGAUUCCUGUCUUCUGGGAGCAGGCGGCCGACCUGAUACCUGGGCGACAGAAGCUCACCAUCACAAGACCGGCAGAUGCGACACAGCCUGCUUUUAACAAGCAUUUUGAAGAGCUGGAAACCAUGUACAGUGCGGUGCAUAUAGUCAACCUGCUGAGCGAUACGAAGCCUGGUGAAGUCGAGCUGAGUAAUGCUUACAAGACUGGCAUCAAGUACUGCCCACUGAGUCGCGCCCGUCCAGGCGGCGGAACAGACGACCAUGCCAUGUUGCGACAAACGCACUACGAUUUUCAUGCCGAGACCAAGGGCCCGGGCGGGUACGAAGCAGCGCGGGAUAUUCGUCGUUAUAUCGAGCAUUCCAUUGAUGGGUUCGCCUACUUUUUGGCCGAGGAAGCCGAAGACGACAAGCGACUGCGCAGCAAGGACACGAGAAUGAUUGUCGUUUUGCAGCAAGAAGGCGUCUUUCGCACAAACUGCCUCGACUGCCUGGACCGGACUAAUCUAAUUCAGACGCUGAUCUCGCAAAUGGCAGCAGAGGCGUUUCUCGGCCACCGCGGCGUAUAUGCCGCCUCCGAUUUCUGGAUGCGCCACUCCACGCUCUGGGCCGACAAUGGUGACUCGCUAUCCAAAAUCUACGCUGGCACGGGAGCGCUCAAGUCGUCGUUUACGCGGCACGGCAAGAUGUCGCUGGCCGGUGCCGUAGCGGACAUGCGAAAGUCGGUGCAGCGACUCUACCACAACAACUUUGUCGACCCCUCGCGGCAAAUCACCAUUGACAUGCUGCUGGGUCGGCUGAUUGGACAAGCACCAGUACACCUCUUUGAUCCCAUCACCGACUUUAUCUCAGCAGAACUUGGCAAGCGUAGCGAUGAAUAUACAUCAUUUGCCAAUAUCAACUUGUGGGUGGGCACGUUUAACCUCAACGGCAAGACGGAAGGCAUCGGCCAGGACUUGUCACCGUGGCUGUUCCCACCCGGGAUCGGCGAGGAGCUACCUGAUAUCUACGUAGUGGCGUUUCAGGAAAUUGUCGAGCUCAGCCCGCAGCAGAUUAUGAACAGUGACCCAUCGCGCAAGUUCCUCUGGGAGCAGGCUGUCAAGAAUGCGCUCAACGAGCGGCAGGACCGGACCGGGGGCGAGUCGUACGUCCUUUUACGCAGCGGACAGCUAGUUGGCGCGGCGUUGUGUAUCUUUGUCAAGGCAUCAAGCCUGCCCAACAUCAAGAAUGUCGAGGGUAGUGUCAAGAAGACGGGCAUGUCUGGGAUGGCAGGCAACAAGGGCGCGGUGGCGAUCCGGCUCGAUUAUGCAAACACGCACAUUUGUUUUGUGACGGCACAUUUGGCGGCUGGCUUUGCAAACUAUGACGAAAGAAAUCGAGAUUAUGCGACUAUUCACCAGGGGUUGCGAUUUCAGCGAAAUCGUGGCAUCGACGAUCAUGGACAGGUCCCCAAGCUGACAAUUGUAGAUGCCAUUGUGUGGCUCGGCGACUUCAACUAUCGUAUUGGACUCGGUUCUGAGAUUGCCCGUACGCUCGUGCAGCAACAAAACCUGCCAAAGCUGUACGAAAACGAUCAAUUGAAUCUGCAAAUGGUUGCCGGGCUGGCAUUCCCGUUUUAUUCGGAAGCACGCAUCAACUUUAUGCCUACGUAUAAGUUUGACGUUGGGACCGAUACAUAUGACAGCUCUGAAAAGGCAAGAAUCCCAGCGUGGACGGACCGGAUUCUCAAACGGGGCCAGAACCUGCGGCAGCUCAGCUACAACUCGGCGCCGCUGCGCUUUUCCGACCACCGUCCGGUGUACGGCACGUUCUCGUGCACCGUCAGCAUCGUAGACGAGCGGCGGCGCGAGGCCAUGAGUGCCGCGCUAUACGAGCGGCGGAAGGCGGAGCUCGAGGACACGGGCGGCGACGUGUUGUUGGGGGGCGAUCUAGACACGGAUGAUGAGGACCUGAUUGGGUUCGACCCACUAGAGCCUGGGCUGCCGGCGGCCAGCUCGGACCGGCAAAAGUGGUGGCUGGAGGGCCGGCAGACGGCGCGGGCGCAGAUUGCCAUCCCGACGGACCGCCAUGGGCAGGCCAUGAGCCUCAACCCGCAGCGGCCAUCGAACCCGUUCCCCGCGAGCGACGAGCCCGACUGGGUGUCGGUGUCGCCGGGGCAGGUGACAAGCAGCCUGUCGAGCUCGCCGUACGAAAAGGUGCCGAUGCCACCGCCGUCGCGCACCCUGCCGAGCGCGUCAUCGUCGAGGCGCAUGGUGCCACCGACAGCGGACGCGAGCAGACUACCCGCGCAGCUUGGUAGAUUGACCAUGGCAGACGAUGAACUCUCCAUGUCAUCGCGGCCAAGCACCGACUCGGAGCGACAACAACAGCCGCCUCCUCCACCGCCACCGCGUCGACGCGUAGUGGGACAGCAGCAGCAGCAGCCACCCGCGACACCAACGCCGUCGUCGCGGCCAGAGUCGUCCGCCUCGCAGCGGUCACUGGCUAGUAGUAAGCCACCGAUUGCGAGGAAACCGGCGCACCUCACGGGGGGGUCGUCCCCGGUGGCGGCGCGGAGUCGGACGCUACCGCAACAGCAGCCGCCGUUGCCUGCUAGGGGUGAAGCAUCGCGGAAGCCAGCGUCGCCGCCUACAGAGUCGUUGAUAUAA